AUGUUGGAGCACACCAUGUAUUUCAACGUUCCUCCAAUCUGCGAUGAUGAUUCCUCCAAUUUUCUGGAUUUUUAUACCCGGCUCGGCCCAUGUGAGCUGCAGGACCCGGUGUGGGCCAAGAUGAGCGCCUUGGCCGCUGGUGUCAAUAAGAAAAGAAAAAAAUCCGACCCUAAACCCCAAGCGCAAAUUAACAAGUGCAACAAUGAGAAACGCCGUCGCGAACAAGAAAACAUCUAUAUAGAGGAACUGGCAGAGCUAAUCUCCGCCAACUUUGCGGACAUGAGCUCGCUCUCGGUGAAGCCAGAUAAGUGCGCCAUUCUUCAGGAAACUGUCAAUCAAAUCCGCAGCAUCAAGCAACGGGAGAGUUCCACGCAACCGUCGGAUCCAGUACAACAGGGGGAAGUUUCUUCAUCGCGACCCACCAUCUUGUCCAACGAAGUUUACGGCCCCCUUUUGCUGGCAGCUCUCGAGGGAUUUUUAUUCGUCGUAAACGGUGAAGGUAAAGUUGAACACGUUACCGACAACGUUUCGACUUACAUUAGGUUCAACCGCGAAGAAGUUCUCGGUAAAAGUAUUUACAAUUUUAUCCAUCACGGAGAUCAUGCACGAUUUAGUGCAAGUCUCUUGCCUAUGUCGAUAGGAUGGGGAAGCGAACCCACCAACAAAUCUCGGUCGUUUAGCUGCCGCUUAUUGGUAAAGCCCGAAGAUCUUGAUGACAGUAUUGAAGAAAAACAACAGCGCGUAAGUAGGUACGAGCUUAUGCACAUCUCUAGUACUCAAUUAAGAGAUCGGGAUCAAGUUGCUAUUUCGGACGACGAAGGUGGUGAUAGUGGUCCUUGUUUAUUGUGUGUUGCUAGUCGUAUCUCACAUAGGGAAUCUGUCCCAGGUUCAUCUAUAGAACAAUUUACCACAAAGUUAGAUACCUCGGGAACAAUUAUAGGCGUCGAUACAUCCGGGGUGUCGGACACGUACUCACAGUUCCUUAAAAAAGAUCUUAUGGGUCGUAGCCUACAAGAUCUGUGCCCGCAACAAGAAGUGCAUAAACUUACGUCACACCUUAGAGACACAUUUAGUGCGGGUCAAGCCACAAGUGUCAUAUAUAAGUUACGGCUCGGUUCGCAAGACAAAUACGUGCACGUUCAAACAAAGUCAAAGUUAUUUAAAGCAAAUCCCAACUCGAAAACCGACACCGACUUUAUUAUGGCAACACACUCCAUCAUAGGCGAACACGAUUCCACGGCCUCCUCAGAACUGGUUACUGGAAAUAAUGGUGGUGUCGGCGGUCCUCUCAUGACGAGCGUCCUAAAUGGCACACGGAACGGCGCCCCCUCAAGUACGGCGAACGACGUCACGAAUACCUCCGUCAACAGCGCGCUCCUAAACACAAACUCUUCGUAUACCACCUUUCCUCUCGACAGCGAAUACAACUUCGACAUCUUUCCCAGCUCAACUUGGGAAUUGGACUCGUCGACCAAUUGGAACGAAACCAGGCCCGAAUCCAGACAAAGCGUUAAUUCCGUUUCGACCCCCACCCCUCGACCCUCCAGCGCCUCGGCGUACAGUCCCGUUCCAAAUGUCGCCCAAAGCCCUCUUGCCCCGUUCGUCACGCAACCAAGCCCUACAGCAGUACCUAACCCUCCCACGCCCGCCAACCCAUAUAGUAGUAAUUUUCCCUUUAGUCCCGGUACAGAAUCCAACUUCCAAAUGGAAGAGCCAAAAGAUACCAAAGCUAACGUAUUAGAGGAAGCGUCAACGAUGAUGGCCGAAUCUGGUAGAUUAAGAAAUUUAUUAACCAAACCUCCGAACUCGAUGGAUUCGUCGAGCGAUUCGGAAAAUAAAAACAAACAUAGAAUACUAAAAGGUUUACUUAAUCAGCAGGACGACGACGAAAGUAAAAACGAAAAUAGAAGCAGUCCGAGAGGUAUCGGAGUGCGCGCUUCUUUGCCAGUUUCUUUGGAGGCUGUGAAAAACGCGAAUGCCGGUGGGAAUAACAUGCUUCUUCAGUUACUUAACGAAAAGAACGAUGAUGACGACCUCGAAGCACGUGCAGGAAUCAAAAAGCAAAGCGAACUUCUCCAGCAGCUAUUGAAAGAAGAUGAGGAAAGAAAACCGGAACCUCAAUCCCAUGAAGAUUCUUUGCUGCGCAGUCUCGGAUUUAAGAACUCACCAUCUCCACCUGCAGAACCUGGACGUGCUCGAAAGCGACCCAGCGACGAACGAGACGAUAACCCACCGAAACGAGUAACAGAGAUUGUCUCUUCAUCUGGUGUAACAUCUGGUAGCAAAUUAUGCGAACGAAACAAAAUGUUGGCAUCGCUAUUGGCGAAACAACCGGCAAAUAACCACCUUCCUAUACCUCCUGUACCUGCUAGUGUGAUAUCUGCAACUCCACAGGAAAUUUUACCCAAAGUAGUAGAUUUAAAUAAGACCAGCCCGUCUGGCAGAUUACCAUCAAAUGUGCAACAACAACCGCAACAGCAGCAAAUACUUACAAAUGCUAGAACGUCAGCAAGAAUGCCCGGUCCAGGCCGCCCACCAAAUACCAGCUACCUCAAUCAGAUGUUACAGCCCGGUGAAAACAUGCAACGAACACAAACUAGGCAAUUUAACCAAAUAGAUUCGGGACAGUAUGUGCCUGUCAACGCAUCCACUACAGAUUUGUGGGACAUGCAGUCCUCGGAUCCGUUAUUGUCGGAUAUUUUAGAUCAAGUUAUAGAUAUAGUUCCGGAUGCGGUAAUGACGAAUAACAAUUCGGAUUUGCUUCAUCUACUAGAAACUAUCGAUGCCCAACAAAAUAAUUACCAACAGCGAGAAGCAUUGAGUGAAAAGAUGGCGAUUAAUAUCAUACAAAAAUCCUUGAUGCAAUGCGAAACUGUCGUUGUGAAUAAACAACAAAGUCCAUCGUCACCUACGAUUUCAAUGCCGGGAACUCCUCCUGCAUACUCUUCGGCUACGAUGACCACUCAAACGAGCCAACCUGGAAAUUUCCCACCGCCCCCUCCGAAUUAUCCACGAACUGGUUUCAACGUUCAAAGAGCUGCAGUUAGAGCUGGCGCGCCGCAAUACGCAAUGGCGGGGGGUACCAUAACGAACCAACAGCAACUACUCUUGCAACAACAAAGGAAACAGCUAUUACAACAACAGCAGCAGGAACACAAGAGGCGAUUAUUGCAACAGCAGCAGCAACAACAGUUACUUAUACCGUCCAAUGCAGCGGCCGAAAUAAAUUCCGGCUUGCAAAACAUAGAUAGUCUAUUGAACAAUACGGUAGCGCCGAACGUUUCCCUACAACGUUCGUCUAGUGUCCCCGAAUCGCAGUUAUCUCCGAAUUACGGCGGACAAAUAAAUCAGCAAAACCAAAGGCACCAGCCGUUUUCACCGCACGCGCAGUUAUCGUCACCUUUAGGCCAGCAAACGAAUUUCUCACAGACUACCAGCAGCGCCAGACUGUCACCGCAUCCACCUUUUACUCAGCAGCUGUCACCUAGACAGGGUUACCCGCAAAAUAAUGCACAGAAUAGUAGUUGGCAACAGACACAGUCUAGGCUUAGUGUUCAACAGCAACAGAAUCCAAUGCUCAAUGCUCAGCUUACGAGCAACUAUGUGACCGCAACCAAUGGUAGAAAUUUUCCUGCACAGAGAACACCUCAGCAACAGCAAAGAGCAAUUGGUAGUCCCGGAUCGGCAGCUACGAGACAGUCACCAUUUCCUGCAGAGUCAUUUGCUCCACCUGCGUCACCCAACUCUGCCUUUAAUCAAACUCAGUACCUGAGGUUGCAGCGUGCAAAUAGUGCACCUACUGCCACUACCCAAUUACCAGGUGGCCUAGGAUCCCCUCGCCAAUAUGGCAGGGAACACCCUACACACCCUUAUCCUCCCAUUCCCUCUCAUCACCCCAUGAUGUACCAACAAGACUCCCAGUACUGUUACGAUCAGACGGGUUUACAGUUAGUGUACAAUGGCGCAGACAGGGGUCGUGCACCUCCACACCUAUCAGCCGGUGUGUCAGGCGGCGGUACCACAUCUGAAUACGUAAGACAAGAAUUACGGGCGGUUGUCGGAGCACGAACGGGUCAAACACAACAACAGACGAAUACUAGACCUUCUCCUCAACUAUUAAGCCAACAAGUUAAUCCUAGUGAUCUCGAAGCUCUCGGACUUUCGUUCGAAAUGGCCACUCCUGGUGCGAGUGAGAGCCCGAAACUUUGGGGUGCGAUGGGGUCAGAUAUGGGCUCAAUGUCUCCACAGCCAGCAACCUCCAGGAGUUCUAUGGAGGAGGGCCGCCAAGGUGAUCACAAGUCUUCUCUGCUGCAAAAGCUGCUGUCAGAGUGACCGCGUGUAUAUAAAUAAGUUAUCUUUAAAAAAAUAUAUAUGCAUAUAUAUAUUAUAUACUACUAGGUACCUCAACGGUUAAGUACCGCAGGCUGUAAUCUAGACAGGUUAGCUGUAUCAAGUGCAUUACUACGUUGCUUGUUCGUUUCGUUAGGGUAGUGCGGAGCGAGGGAAGGCGCAGGGUACGAGUGCAAUUGUAAAUAAAUUGGGACUUGUUUAUAUUUAUAUAUUAUAUUUUAUUAUUGGACUUGUUUAAAAUUCAGUACGUAAGCGUUCCGGCGCCUGUUAUUAUUUGAAUGUGUUUAGUGUUGUCUUCCUUUCGGUGAGUGUUCAUGCUACGCAUUACCAAAAAUAGUAACUGUUAAUAUUUUAUAUAUAAUUUAAAUCACGUUAUUGGAGAGCUCGUUUUGUUGGACAUUGUGAUAGGCGAUCGCCAUGUUACUGUUGCUAGGAGCGUUCCUAGACCUUAUAUUAGUGCUAGCAUUCAUACUUGAUUAUUGUCAAUUACACCCAGCCAUUAAAUUAAAAGAUGAACAAAUUGACAGACAAAACAUUAUUUAAUUACACAGAUAUUUUUUGUACAUUAUUGGAGUUUUGAAAUAUAUCUAUAUUACAAUAAAA